AUGGCCAUGGCACAAAACUCAACAGUCCCCGUAAAUGUGGGGGUGGUUCUUGACAUAAAUACCACGGUUGGCACUAUAUGGCUGAGCUGUAUCUCAAUGGCCCUCUCUGACUUCUAUGCCUCCCAUGGUUCCUAUAAGACUCGGCUGGUUCUGAACACCAGAGACUCCAAGAGAGAUGUUGUAGGUGCAGCUGCAGCAGCUUUAGGCCUAAUGAAAAAUGUUGAAGUCCAAGGCAUCAUAGGGCCGACAACAUCUAUGCAGGCCGACUUUGUAAUUGAUCUUGGAGGGAAAGCUCAAGUGCCCAUUAUUUCGUUUUCAGCAACAAGCCCUUCCCUUUCAUCACUCAGGAGUCCAUAUUUUAUUCGUGCAACCCAGAUCGACUCUUCCCAGGUCGGUGCCAUCAGUGCAAUUGUAAAAGCAUUUGGGUGGAGAGAAGUCGUGCCAGUCUAUGUAGACAAUGAGUUUGGAGAGGGUAUUAUACCAUUUUUGACAGACGCCUUGGAAGAGAUCGAUGUUCGGGUUCCAUAUCGGAGCAUCAUUCCACCAUCUGCCACUGAUGAUCAGCUUGUUGUAGAACUUUACAAGUUGAUGACUAUGCAAACCAGAGUGUUCAUUGUUCACAUGUUGCCUUCUCUUGGUUCUCGCCUUUUUACCAAAGCAAAAGAGAUAGGAAUGAUGAGUGAAGACUAUGUUUGGAUCAUAACUGACGCCAUGGCUAAUGAAUUGAGUUCAAUGGAUCAAUCCGUAAUUAAUUCGAUGCAAGGGAUUCUAGGAGUGAAAUCUAAUGUUCUGAGAACAAAAGAGCUUGAGAAUUUUACCGUUCGAUGGAAAAGGAAGUUUUUACAAGCAAAUCCAACACUUGUUAAUGCAGAGUUAAAUAUUUUUGGACUCAGGGCAUACGAUGCUACAACUGCAUUAGCAAUUGCAGUUGAAAAAGUUGGGGCAAAAAGUUUUGCCUUCCAAAAGGCAAACAUUUCAGGGAAAUCAACAGACCUUGAAACUUUUGGAGUCUCUCAGAAUGGUCCAAUGCUUCUCCAAGCGCUACAAAAUACUACAUUUAGAGGCCUCAGUGGAGAUUUUUAUUUAGUCGAUGGGCAAUUGCAAUCAUCACCUUAUCAGAUAGUUAAUGUGAUUGGUAAUGGGGGUAGAGGGAUUGGAUUUUGGACCCCAAAAAAUGGAAUUAUCAGGGAACUAAAUUUCACAAAUUCUAACACGGACUUCAGAUCAAAGAGUAACCUUGGAUCUAUUAUAUGGCCCGGAGAUACUACAUCUCCUCCCAAGGGUUGGGUGAUUCCAACAAAUGGGAAGAAGCUAAGAGUAGGAGUUCCAGUGAAGGAUGGCUUUAGUCAAUUUGUAACAGUAACACGAAAUCCUGGAAGCAACAAGACAACAGUUACAGGAUAUUGUAUUGAUGUUUUCGAGGCUGUAAUCACAGCAUUGCCUUAUGCGGUUCCUCAUGAAUACAUUCCAUUUGCAACUCCGGAUGGCAACAGUGCCGAGGAGAAGGUGGUGAGCAAUUUGGCUAGGUUUGUGCUGAUCAUCUGGGUAUUUGUUGUACUUAUACUGACCCAAAGCUACACAGCAAGUCUCACAUCGAUGCUAACAGUUCAACAGCUCCAGCCGAUGGUCACAGAUGUAAAGGAACUCAUAAAAAAAGGGGAGUAUGUGGGCUACCUAGAAGGUUCUUUUGUAUUAGGACUAUUGAGACGGAUGAACUUCGAUGAAAACAAGCUUAAGGUGUAUAAUUCUCCUGAAGAAUGCGAUGAACUUUUUUCCAAAGGGAGUGGAAAUGGUGGUAUCGCAGCUGCUUUUGACGAAAUCCCCUACAUUAAAAUAUUCCUUGCACAAUACUGCUCAAAAUAUGCCAUGGUUCAACCCACAUACAAGACUGAUGGAUUUGGCUUUGUCUUCCCAAUAGGUUCCCCUCUGGUACCAGAUGUUUCAAGAGCAGUGCUAAACGUAACUGAGGGAGAUAAGAUGGAAGCAAUUGAGAAAGAAUGGUUUGGGCAACAAAGCACUUGUUCAGACUCUGGCCCCUCCUUGACUUCCAACAGUCUUGGCCUCAAUAGCUUUUGGGGCCUCUUCCUUAUUUCUGGAAUUGCUUCAGUUUCAGCUCUCAUCAUAUUUACGGGUAUGUUCAUCCGCGAGCACUGGCAUGUCAUCAAAUGCUUUGAUCCUCAUACUUCAAUAUGGACCAAAAUUGUAAUGUUAGCUAGACGGUUUGAUCAAAAAGAUUUAAAGUCCCACACUUUCAAGACAAGCGAAUUGCGAGAUAGAAGUGGAAUGGAUGGUAUCAAUAGAAUGAGCGCAAUUGAUGCUUCACCCCAGGUUAACUGCCCUACAAGUCCUUCCACCUUUACACUCCGUGCAUCACCGAAUACAAAUGAGCCGCCAAGUCCAUCAAGAUUUUCACCCCAUACUGAAAGGAACUUUUCUAUCUUUAAAGAGCAAGAAACUCCUCCACAUGAGUUCGGAGAUAAAAAUCCACCUCAGCAAACCACUCAGGAGAUAAUUCCAGCCAUCGACCUUACUAGCCAAGAUCAAUAUGUUCCUAGAACUGUAAACUCUGCAAGUGAAAACCAUUGA